UGUUUCCUAAUCCGCCCUUGUCUUGAGCCAGAUUUUACUCGCAGAUUAACCUCGCAUUUCCCGGCGUGCGCGCGCGCGCCGAAGAGCACGGACUGAAUUUCGGUGCCGGCUGCCCGCGUUCGGCUCGUGCUUCCCCGUCUCCGGGCAUGAAUGGACGCGGAGCCGAGUGAAGCCGAGUGGAUCCGAAGAUACCCCUGACCGACCUGUGCGCGUUUUCCCACCACGGAGGCAUUCAGCGGCGUGACUGUCGCGGACACGCAGAGCAGCCCCGUCUGCGGGGACCGGAGCCCCUCCGCCGCGGCGCCAGGACUACUUCACGCGGUCACAGCCCGCGAGUGAGUCGCCUGUUGGCAGCGACACUCGAGCCGGCAGGCAGCGACCCGCGCCGGACGGAGCCGCCACGAAUAGAUCCGGGAUCCGCGACCCUGACCGGGACGGGACCGCGCGCUCCUGUGGAGGGGGGGGUUUGUUCGGUCUACGGGGACCCGCAGUGGAUUGUUGUGCUUAAAGUGAGGAGGAGAGUCCCGGCGGGAGGACAGACAUGCCCGCGAGCUCCGGUGUGAGGCUUUGAUCCUGUCAGAGUGGGACGCGUCUAGCAGGGACCGCCGAGGAAGAUGGCUCCUAGUGUUCACCUGUCUGGGCCCCCCCUACCCAGAGGGGGGGUGAUGCUGCUGCUCCUGCUCAGCUGCACGGUCUUCUGCUCGCUGGCCGACAGCCAGCCAAGUUUUGUGAAAAUCCCUGAAGAUCAGACCGGCAUCUCGGGCGGCGUGGCUUCGUUUGUGUGCCAGGCCUCCGGGGAGCCCAGGCCCCGCAUCACCUGGAUGAAGAAAGGGAAGAAGGUCAGCUCCCAGCGCUUCGAGGUGAUUGACUUCGACGAUGGUUCCGGUUCGGUUCUGCGGAUCCAACCGCUGCGCACUCACAGAGACGAGGCCAUUUACGAGUGCACGGCCACCAACACCGCUGGCGAGAUCACGGUCAACGCCAAGCUCACCGUGCUGGAAGAGAACCAGAUCCCCCACGGCUUCCCCAACAUUGACAUGGCCCCCCAGCUGAAGGUGGUGGAAAGGACCCGGACAGCCACCAUGCUGUGCGCCGCCAGCGGAAACCCGGACCCAGAGAUCUUCUGGUUCAAGGACAUGCUUCCCGUGGACGUCAGCAACAGCAACGGCCGCAUCAAGCAGCUCCGCUCAGGUGGUACCCCCAUUCGAGGAGCCCUGCAGAUCGAGAACAGCGAGGAGUCUGACCAGGGGAAGUACGAGUGCGUCGCCAUGAACAGCGCUGGAACCCGCUACUCUGCUCCGGCCAAUCUCUACGUCAGAGAUCAGCGUGAAGUACGGAGAGUCCCGCCGAGGUUCUCCAUCCCCCCCUCCAACCUGGAGGUGAUGCCUGGCGGCAGCGUCAACCUGACCUGCGUGGCGGUCGGCUCGCCCAUGCCCUACGUGAAAUGGAUGAAGGGGGAGGUGGAGUUGACCAAGGAGGAAGACAUGCCGUUGGGACGCAACGUGUUAGAGGUCACCAACAUCCGAGAGUCCGCCAACUACACCUGCGUGGCCAUUUCCUCCCUGGGCACCAUUGAAGCCACGGCGCAGGUCACCGUCAAAGCCUUACCAAAGCCCCCCACCUCCCUCACCGUCACCGAGACAACGGCCACCAGCGUGACUCUCACCUGGCUCUCGGGAAACCCAGAACCCGUGUCCUACUACAUGAUCCAGUACCGAGGCAAGUCCUCCGACAACGGCUUCCAGGAGGUGGAGGGCGUGGCCACCACCCGCUACAGCAUCGGCGGUCUGAGUCCUUACUCGGAGUACGAGUUCCGGGUCAUGGCCGUCAACAACAUUGGCCGGGGACCGCCCAGCGACCCGGUGGAGACCCGCACCGGAGAACAAGCCCCCUCCUCACCUCCUCUGCACGUUCAGGCGCGGAUGCUGAGCUCCUCCACCAUGCUGGUCCAGUGGGAGCCUCCGGAGGAGCCAAACGGACAGAUCCGAGGUUACCGGGUCUACUACAGCCCCGACAUGAGUCCUCCGCUCAGCGCCUGGACCAAACACAACACGGACGACAGCAGCCUGACCACCAUCUCGGGGCUGACGCCGGACAUCACCUACAGCCUCAGGGUGCUGGGCUUCACCUCGGUGGGCGACGGGCCCCCCUCUGACGUCCUGCAGGUCAAAACUCAGCAGGGAGUCCCCGCCCAGCCGUCCAGCUUCGAGGCUGAAGCGGAGCUGGACACUCGGAUCCGGCUGUCCUGGCUGUGGCCGGUCCAAGAUCCCAUCACUCAGUAUGAGCUGCAGUACUGGGAGGACGGCACGGACAACAAGAUGUACGUGAGGUUCGACCCGGCCGGCUCCCACGCCGUGGACGGCCUGAAGCCCGACACUCUGUACCACUUUUCGCUGGCGGCCCGUUCUGAAAUGGGCUUGGGCGUCUACACUCAACCCAUCAAGGCCCGCACCGCUCAGUCCACUCCAUCUGCCCCCCCUCAAGAAGUCCAUCUAGUCAGCCUGAGCUCGACCAGCCUGAAGGUGAGUUGGGUGGCGCCGCCGGCCGCUAGCCGCCACGGCGCCAUCGUGCGCUACACGGUCAGCUACCAGGCCCUGUCAGGAGAGGACACGGAGAGGCAGGAAGUGGCGGACAUUGGCGCCGACGCCAGCAGCUAUGUGCUGGACGGCCUGGAGAAGUGGACCGAGUAUCAGGUGUGGGUGAGGGCCCACACUGAUGUGGGGCCAGGACCCGAGAGCGCCCCGGUGAAGAUGAGAACCAAGGAGGAUGUGCCAGGAGCCCCCCCCAGGAAGUUGGAGGUGGAGGCUCUGAACUCCACGGCCAUCAAAGUCUCCUGGAAGCCCCCCCUACAGGGCAAACAGCACGGCCAGAUCCGGGGCUACCAGGUCAUCUUCUCCCGGCUGGAGAACGGCGAGCCUCGAGGUCAGCCCAACAUCCUGGACAUCGCUCUGCCAGAGGCGCAGUGGAACAUUGACGAGUCCACCGAACACGAGGCCAUCAUUGGGGGGCUGCAGGCUGAGACCACCUACUCUGUCACUGUAGCGGCCUACACCACCAAGGGGGACGGAGCUCGCAGCAAAGCCAAAGUCAUCACCACAUCUGGGGCAGUCCCGGGGAAGCCCAGCAUGAUGAUCAGCGCCACCUCCGGCAACACGGCUCUGAUCCAGUGGCAGCCGCCCAAGGAGAUGGUGGGGGAGCUGAUGGGCUACCAGCUGCAGUACAAGCGCACGGACGAGGAGGGGUUCAGCUCACGCGACCUGAGGAAGACGGACGACCACUACACCGUCACCGGCCUGCACAAGGGCGCCACCUACGUCUUCCGCCUCAGCGCCCGCAACCGGGCCGGCAUCGGGGAGGCCUACGUGAAGGAGAUCAGCACCCCCGAGGACACGCCCUCCGGCUACCCCACCAACCUGCAGGUCACCGGACUGACCCAGUCCAGCACCCGCCUGACCUGGGAGCCCCCCCUGCUGCCUGAGCGGAACGGCAGGAUCGUGUCCUACGUGGUGGUGUACCGGGACAUCAACAGCCAGCAGAACAGCACCAACCGCACCACCGACACGCAGAUGAACAUCCAGGGCCUCAACCCCGACACCACCUACGACAUCCGUGUGCAGGCCUUCACCAGCAAGGGCGGGGGCCCCCUGAGCCCCAGCAUCCAGAGCAGAACCAUGUCCAACGAUUUCCCGACUCUCAACUUUGGCGUCAAAGCCGUGACCGAAACGUCUGUCCUCCUCACCUGGGAUUUACCUCCCAACUACAAGUCCCAGGCUCCUUUCAAGAUCCUCUACAACCAGCAGAGCGUGGAGGUGCAGGGAAACCUGAAGAGGAAGCUCAUCAGUCAGCUGCAGCCCGACACCGACUACUCCUUCGUGCUGACGAGCCGCGGCAACAUCGCCGGAGGCCUGCAGCAGCAGGUGUCCAUCAGGACCGCCCCGGACCUCCUCCAAGCCAAGCCCAGCAAACACCUGGCGCUCGGUAGCAGGAUAACCAUCAGUCUGCCGGCGGUGCAGACCAGCGCUCGCGUCAGCUGGUACUACAUCGUGUUGGUUCCUUCGUCCCAGUCGGCGCGGCGCUGGAAGAACCCCGACGACAUGGACCUGGAGGAGCUCCUCAGGUCCAGCGAGGGUCCGGUCCUCCGGCGCAGGCGUCACCUGGAUCCCGCCAAACCGUACAUCGCCGCCAAGCUGACCUCCCUGCCGGCCACCUUCACGCUGGGCGAUGAGAAGAUGUACAACGGCUUCUACAACAAACCCCUGAGCAGCCAGCAGGAGUACCUGUGCUUCGUCCUGGCGGUCCUCCGAUACGAGGAGACCAACAACACGGCCAACUACAUGACCUUCUCCGCCAGUCCGUACUCGGACCCCAUCCUGGUGAAAACGGAAAGGGCCGAGGGUCUGGAGCAAGCCGAGAUGCUGUGGGUGAUGGGGCCGGUCCUGGCCGUGGUGCUCAUCAUCGUCUUCGUCAUCGGCAUCAUCCUCUUCAAAAACAAACAGGAAAGGAAGCGGGCGUCGCCUCUACCAAAGGACGAGCACUCGGGCGGAGUCAAAGACUCGCUGCUGGGCAACUCCUCCGACCCCGUGGAGAUGAGAAGACUCAACUAUCAGACCCCAGGUCCCAGCUCUCAUCGCUGCCCCAACACUCCAAGGAUGAGAGAGCACCCCCCCAUUUCGGUGGCGGCGCUGGCCGACCACAUCGAGCGGCUGAAGGCCAACGACAGCCUGCGCUUCUCCCAGGAGUACGAGUCCAUUGAUCCGGGCCAGCAGUUCACCUGGGAACACUCCAACAUGGAGGUGAACAAACCGAAGAACCGCUAUGCAAACGUCAUCGCCUACGACCACUCCAGGGUGGUGCUGACCUCCAUCGACGCCGUGCCCGGCAGCGACUACAUCAACGCCAACUACAUCGACGGCUACAGGAAGCAGAACGCCUACAUCGCCACUCAGGGGCCGCUGCCGGAGACGCUCAGCGACUUCUGGAGGAUGGUGUGGGAGCAGAGGUCCAGCACCGUCAUCAUGAUGACCCGACUGGAGGAGAAGUCCCGGGUGAAGUGUGACCAGUACUGGCCGUCGCGAGGAACCGAGACCUACGGGAUGAUCCAGGUCACCAUGCUGGACACCGUGGAGUUGGCCACCUACAGCGUCCGAACCUUCGCUCUCUACAAGAAUGGCUCCAGUGAGAAGAGAGAGGUGAGGCAGUUCCAGUUCAUGGCCUGGCCAGACCACGGGGUCCCCGAGUACCCCACACCCAUCCUGGCCUUCCUGCGGCGGGUCAAGGCCUGCAACCCCCUGGACGCAGGCCCCAUGGUGGUCCACUGCAGCGCCGGCGUGGGCAGGACCGGCUGCUUCAUCGUGAUCGACGCCAUGCUGGAGCGCAUGAAGCACGAGAAGACGGUGGACAUCUACGGACACGUGACGUGCAUGCGUGCGCAGAGGAACUACAUGGUCCAGACAGAGGACCAGUACAUCUUCAUCCACGAGGCCCUGCUGGAGGCCGCCACCUGCGGCAACACCGAGGUCCCGGCGCGCAACCUGUACGCCCACAUCCAGAAGCUCACCCAGCCCCCGCCCGGCGAGACCGUCACUGCCAUGGAGCUGGAGUUCAAGCGGCUGGCCAACUCCAAGGCCCACACGUCCCGCUUCAUCAGCGCCAACCUGCCCUGCAACAAGUUCAAGAACCGGCUGGUCAACAUCAUGCCGUUCGAGUCCACCCGCGUCUGCCUGCAGCCCAUCCGCGGCGUGGAGGGCUCCGACUACAUCAACGCCAGCUGCAUCGACGGAUACAGACAGCAGAAGGCGUACUUGGCCACGCAGGGACCCCUGGCUGAGACCACCGAGGACUUCUGGAGGAUGCUGUGGGAGCACAACUCCACCAUCGUGGUCAUGCUCACCAAGCUGCGAGAGAUGGGCCGGGAAAAGUGCCAUCAGUACUGGCCUGCAGAGCGCUCGGCCCGGUACCAGUACUUUGUGGUGGACCCCAUGGCUGAAUACAACAUGCCCCAGUACAUUCUUCGAGAGUUCAAGGUCACAGACGCCCGGGAUGGACAAUCCAGAACAAUCCGCCAGUUCCAGUUCACAGACUGGCCUGAGCAGGGAGUGCCAAAAACCGGAGAGGGCUUCAUUGAUUUCAUUGGACAGGUGCACAAAACCAAGGAGCAGUUUGGACAGGACGGCCCCAUCACGGUUCACUGCAGUGCUGGAGUGGGCCGGACCGGAGUCUUCAUCACCCUCAGCAUUGUGCUGGAGCGGAUGAGGUACGAAGGCGUGGUCGACCUUUUCCAGACGGUGAAGACGCUUCGCACCCAGAGGCCGGCCAUGGUGCAGACUGAGGACCAGUACCAGCUGUGCUACAGGGCCGCUCUGGAGUACCUGGGGAGCUUUGACCACUAUGCAACAUAACCACUCCCAUCGUGCAGCUUCACAGGCUUCAGGAGAGUGCCAAGUGUCCCAUCCCAGCCACCAUUUUCUCACCGGAUGCUCUGAACACCCCCCCCCCGCAGGGGUGCAGGAACAGACAAGGGUUUCAACCAAUCACAGAGAUGCCCCCGCUUUCACAACCACCUGUGAUUCUUGCUUUAAAGACGCUGCACUGACGAUGGUUCUUGUACAGACGUGACGAGCGCAGAUGUGGGAGGAGCCUCCGGCUGUGGGAGGAGCCUCAUGCGGUGGGAGGAGCCUCCAGCUGUGGGAGGAGCCUCCAGCUGUGGGAGGAAGCUCCGGCUGCGUCUUCUCAUACUUGAUGUUGGAUCUUCUGUUUCGUACUCGUGUUCUGUUCUUCAUCGUAACCAUUUUAUUAUCAGAGUUGUGUUUGUCUUAACUGCCCCGCCCCGGGCAGGCAUUAUUCUCAUAAUCAUUGUUAGGGGGGUGUUUUUAGCAGGAGGAACGCAGGAAGAACCCGCGUUCCUCCACAGUAAACCGGAGAACCUCCGUUCUCUUCACGGCUGCUCAGUAUAUAUUUUUUUAAUUCCUUUAUGUGUCGUUAAUGUUUUUCUGCUCACGGCUCCAACGCUCCGAUUGCCUUUCAAACGUUCUCCACAGAACCGUUGAGGUUCUGCAGGAACGGAUAACCCGGUAACAAAUCCAAACGAAGCAGCAGCGCAGACAUGGAAGCACGUUCAUUUAUUCUGUCGUCUUUGUUUGGAAUGGUCCCGUUUAAUGUCGGACGCCUGCGGCAUCGAGGCCUUCGUGCUCCAGAACCCACCUGAAGAACUCCUGGAUCCACAGCGGACAGAACAAUCAGCUGAGUCCAGAGUAAAGACGCUCUUCAAGCCCCCCCAUCCAUCUAAUUGCCUGCAUUUGUUCUGUCUGUUUUCCGGAGUGGACUGUGAGGAGGGGGUGUGGUCCAUGCGGGUCCAGGAGAGUCAGAACCUGUACAGAACCAACCAUUCCUGCAAGAGCGCCUCGCCUCAGCCUUCUGGACUGAAAUCUGCUAAUAUUUUAUAAAGAACAAACUCUAUAUAGAUAUAUAAUUAUGACUGAUUAUAUAUAUAUGUACAAUGACACAUAGAUUUAUGCACAGCUUCAGAAUCUAUCGAGACCAGGAAGAGUUCUGCGGAUCCACGGGAGACCCGGUUCUAGAGUGUCUCCAUGGAAACGCGUCGUAUCUACUGUACUACCAUGUUCUGCCAGGAAAACAGCACAACCCCCCCUCGCCCAUCUGAAACGGAUUACUCCUCACCGUACAAGCACACGCCGUCUCCCCCAACCAGAGGGGCGUCGCCCCCUGAGCAGAGGUGGGAGGGGAGAGGGGGGCGGGACUUGGAAGGCUUCAUUUUUACCUUGUGAAUGCUUCGUGCUGUAGGAACUAAACCUGUUGUACACAGUCUGUUUUCUAUUUGUUAAUAAAGACCUGAAAAGAAAAUGUUGAUGAAAAAAACGUUGAUGUCAAUAAAGUUCAAUGAUUGGGUUUUUUUUACGAA